AAAAGAACAUCUGAUCCAGUCUUGUUUUAUGUUUUCUUCUUUUAAAUACUGCAAAAUUUAUCUCUCAGUGCUUUAGUUUAUUCUUUAUCUUUCCUUUCUUCCUCUCUCUCUCUCUCUCUGUGUUUGAUGCUAUCAGGGGUUCUUUGUUUGAUCAAAUAUUUCUGGUCGUUGAUCUAUAGUUGAUUCAUCUUCACCAGGGAGAUUGUUGGUUCUCUUUUAUUUUUCUUCUCUCUCUACUUGAUUCUGCGUUUGGGAAUUGCAUCUAAUUCUCUCUUCCUACAACCUUCUGAUCCCUUGUCUUAUCACCUACUCAUCUAAUUCUCUCUUUCUCAUCAAAAUUUGUGAAAAGUGUCAUGGCAUGUAACGAGUAGAAAAAGAACCCUGUUGAGGCAGCUAGCAAACCCUUUCUCCUUGCUGACUUCUUCUUUAACUUAACUCUCUCUGAUCUCAAACCCUUCAAUUAACUUGUUAGAAGAAAGUGAAAAAGGUUCACCAAUUCUGGUCUUUUUGUUCUUCUCUUUAGUUACUAAUUGUGUGUUGAAUUCAAUUUGGAACCCUGGCGAAUCCUUGGUGGGCUAAUCAGGUGAGUCUUCCGGGCAUGGACCCGGCAGGCAAUUCACCAGCCUUAAGCAAACGUGACCUUGAAAUUUCCAUGAACGACACGAGCAAAAGUAGAAGCAACGGCAGAGGGGAUGAAGAUGAAGAUAGAGACACCGGCGAUGAGCCUAAAGAAGGGGCAGUCGAGGUUGGUACCGCGAGACCCAGAGGCCGUCCUCCAGGCUCCAAAAACAAGCCUAAGCCACCCAUUUUCGUCACUCGGGACAGCCCAAACGCCCUCCGUAGCCAUGUCAUGGAAGUUGCAAGCGGCACUGAUGUAGCGGAAAGCAUAGCCCAAUUCGCUCGAAGAAGACAACGUGGGGUUUGUGUGCUCAGUGGCAGUGGCUCCGUGGCAAACGUUACACUAAGACAACCAGCAGCACCAGGAGCUGUGGUUGCUCUCCAUGGAAGGUUCGAAAUCUUGUCUUUGACGGGGGCUUUUCUGCCUGGACCAGCACCACCAGGCUCAACAGGGCUCACGGUGUACCUAGCAGGUGGUCAAGGCCAAGUCGUUGGCGGAAGCGUUGUGGGUUCACUGAUUGCAGCAGGGCCUGUUAUGGUCAUUGCAGCAACAUUUGCAAACGCAACUUAUGAAAGACUGCCUAUAGAAGAUGAUGAAGAAGCUGGCAGUGGUGGCCAUGGAGGACAGAUCCAAGGAGGAGCAGGUAAUUCUCCACCGGCAAUUGGAAGUAGCGGCCCACAGACAGGUCUGCCCGAUCCAUCUUCACUGCCAAUAUACAAUUUGCCCCCUAAUCUACUCGCCAAUGGAGGGCAACUAGGGCAUGAAGCCUAUGCUUGGGCGCAUGGGCGGCCGCCUUACUAAUAAUUAUUGGAGCUGCAGCUUCGUAUAAGAGAGUGAGACUUAAUUUUCUUAGAUCUUACAAAAAUGUUGUGUUUGUAUCUAGAGAUAGAGACUGGAAGAAAACAGC